GAAACGAAGAAAGCAAAUACAAACGAGCAAAAAGAAAAUGUCCACAAAAAUUGAUGAAAGAGUGUCGGUUCCUUAUUAGGGAAGAUACAAUAUUUAUUCCUUGUCUCCUGGGAUGGAAGCAGCUCUUCUAUUGUCCUCCAUCCAUUCCUCAGUGCUGAUGCUUAAUUUUCUAACUAUAUUAUCAGGGGACCACCGACGACAUCACAACAGAAAUACCCUGCAAGUACAAAAUCGGCGCGCCAGCCGGUGUGACUGGUACAGAGGGGAAACGCUCUUGUUUCACCAGCUAUCUGCGGCUCGACGCAGGGACUUUUUACAUUUCUUUCGUUUUGGGGAUUUUAACGGAAAUCAUUUAUUUGAUCAAGAGGGAAAGCGGGUUACCGGAGCAAGAACAUGUCAGCCACAUUUCCCGGCCUGGUCCAUGAUUCCGAGAUACGUCAUGACGGGUCCAACAGUUAUCGUCUGAUGCAACUCGGUUGCCUCGAGAGCGUCGCCAACUCUUCGGUGGCCUACAGCUCGUCCUCGCCGCUCACAGCCUACCCCGCGGCGGCCACAGAGUUCGCCUCGCCCUACUUCUCCACCAACCACCAGUACACCCCCCUGCACCACCAGUCCUUCCACUAUGACUUCCAGCACUCCCACCCAGCCGUGGGCCCAGAGGCGUACGGCCUCAACUCUCUCCACUCCGGGCAGUACUACCAGCAGAUUCACCAUGCGACAGUGCCCGUGCACUCAAGCCUCGUGCCUUGGGGCUCCGUCGAGGCGCAGUGCGGGCUCAUGCUCAACGGCCAAGGUGGCGUCAUCCGAAGAGGAGGUACCUGUGUGGUGAACCCCACAGAUCUGUUCUGCUCUGUCCCCGGCCGUCUGUCCCUCCUGAGCUCAACCUCCAAAUAUAAAGUCACCAUCGCUGAGGUGAAGAGACGCCUCUCGCCUCCAGAGUGUCUCAACGCCUCACUACUGGGAGGAAUCCUCCGCAGAGCUAAGUCUAAGAAUGGUGGUCGUUGUCUGAGGGAAAAGUUGGAUCGACUGGGACUCAACCUGCCAGCUGGACGGAGAAAAGCUGCCAACGUUACACUCCUCACCUCUCUGGUGGAAGUCUGAUCACCCAUGGGUUUGGGACUCCGGCGGUGUGUGCAGCACUUAGCACCUUCCAGACCGUUCUCAGUGAGAUGCUCAACUUCCUGGACAAACAAUCUGCCACUGGGAACCAUGGGAAAACCUCAGGUCAGGAGACGGAAAAGACCGGAACCGCCCGGAAAAACAGCGAACCGCUCAAUAAAGAGGAGAAAGCUGAAAAGACAGAGUAACCCCUUCCCUGUGCCUUGGGAGGAGGAGCUAUGGAGACAGCUAUGUUUAUUAAUUCUGAUCAACAGGAAGUAGAGACAUGGACUUCUGGUCACCGCCAUCUGGGAGCCAACGGGAGAGGAGCACACUGUUCCCCCUUCAGCGUCCACCUGAACAGUGCAAUUAAUAAGUGUUUACCAUUUUAGAACUGAGAGACUGGGGUCUGGGGUUACUAUGUUGGUGAGUGUGUUAGACUGGGGUUACUAUGUUGGUGAGACUGGGGUUACUAUGUUGGUGAGACUGGGGUUACUAUGUUGGAGAGAGUGUUAGACUGGGGUCUGGGGUUACUAUAUGGUGAGAGUGGUGA